CUUUGUCAUCGUUAUCUUUACUUUAAUGCCCUUGCCCCGAAUAUAGAUGAAGAGUUAAAGACGCACGCGAUUGACACGUAGCCAAUAAGAUAUCUCCACGUGUUAUUCCCCCCGCUAGGCUCUAGCAAAUGGAUAAAGGACAGAGUCGGCUGCCUUUAGGGAAGAACUCGAAUCUGAAAUCUUCUUCAUGGAUGCGGAGGAGUUGCUUGAUUGGGAGCUUGUCCAUGGCUCCGACACCGAAUCAAUCACAUCGGAGAAGCAAUCGGGAAGCUCGAGUGUAAUCGAUGACGGUAUGAUACUCUCUGAUCAUUUCUCUACCGAUCAUCUUCUUACAACUCAUCAAAGCCUGCGAUCUUCCGGGGUCGUUCACUGGUCGGGUGAUACUGGUGCCAGAAACGAAUUAGGGUUUACUGAUUGUGAGAUCAAGGUGAGUGAUUUUCAAGCUUCAGAUGAGGAGGAAGACGUUGAGGGCGAGGCUGUUGCCAGUGAUUCUCAUAUUGAGGAUGUAAGCAAGUGUUUGUCUGAAACAGACCAGAGCCAAGCUGGUGUUGAAGAACAUAUUGAGGAUUCGAGCAAGUCUUUGUCUAACGAACUAGUUUCUGGAGAUUCUGGGAUUGUGAGUGGUGAAGAGGAGAUUGUUUCUGAUAGUGAAGCAGUUGAGGGAAGUGGAGGGGAUACUUUAGAUUCUGCUGUGAGGUCGGGUGAUGAGAGUAAACGUAGAGAGAUAGUGUGGUGGAAGAUGCCUUUUGUGCUUGUCAAGUACUAUGCAUUUAGGAUUGGUCCUGUUUGGUCUGUCUCCAUGGCUGCAGCUGUGAUGGGUUUUGUUCUCUUGGGACGCAGACUCUAUCAUAUGAAAAAGAAAGCUCAAAGGUUCCAUCUUAAGGUUGCAAUUGACGAGAAGAAGGUGUCGCGCGUGAUGAGUCAGGCAGCUCGACUCAAUGAAGCAUUCACAGAGGUAAGAAGGGUCCCAGUGAUCCGCCCUGCUCUGCCAUCUCCUGGUGCAUGGCCGGUUUUGAGCCUUAGGUGAGACCCGGUUAUACAAUGUCUGAUAACAUUAUGUACCAAAUGAGUAGAAGAGACACGUACAUGUGUGUACAGUGGGCUCAUCAUGUUAUGUACUAAAAGAAUAGAGAUUCAUGGUGUUUGUGAUGUUCCUAUCAUCCUAUCCAUAGUAGUGGUUCACUGUUAUUAUGCGAUCCCGUUCUUUUUAGUUUUCAAAGAUUUACCAAAAAAA